UUUUCACAGUUAGAAAAAAUUCGCCGAAGUGACUCGAUCAUCAACGAUUAGAGAAGAUCAUGGCAAUAAUCUGCAAUCUGUUAUUCUGUACUAUUUUUGUGGCAAUAUUUAUAAAUGCAAUUUGCAUUGCUGCAUCAUCUAAACCGACCAAUUACUGCAAUUUACAAUCAUGUAAACCCAACAUUCACACAAUGUGCAAAUACAAAUCGAACAAUUUGGGAUCGGCCUGUGUUAACCAUAGCGAUCGCGGAUUAACCAAUAAGGAGAAGAACGCUAUAGUGAACAAGCACAACGAGUUUAGGCAGCGAGUUGCGUCGGGUAAAGAAACCAGAGGAAAUCCCGGUCCACAGCCACCAGCAGCUUCCAUGCCAAAUUUGUCUUGGGACAACGAAUUAGAAACGAUUGCGCAGAGAUGGGCUGACCAGUGUAAUUUUAGUCACGAUGAGUGUAGAAAUGUCGAAAGAUAUCCGGUCGGACAGAACAUAGUCAUGACAAUGAGUACGGGAAAAAAUGGCUCUCCUGUGGAAGACAUGAUUGGAAGUUGGUACAACGAAGUAGCCAAAAUGGACAGACGAGAAGUUGAAAAGCUGACGGGCAAGAACUUUCAUGAUAUUGGUCACUACACGCAACUCGUCUCGGACAAAUCUCACAAAAUUGGCUGUGGUCGUAUCAAGUAUCGAGGACAAAAUGGUUGGAAUAAUCAAUUUUUGGUCUGCAACUACGGUCCAGCUGGAAACUAUAUAGGCCAAAAAAUCUAUGAAAUAAAGAAAUAAAAUAUUUUGCAAGUUAAAUAAAACUUGAAAACCAAAUCAUCGGCAAGAACAAAUAGUUAUUGUGUUAUUCAUGUUAUUUGAUGUAAUUAAAGUGAUUGUAUAUAAUCGUUAUGUUAUAAUAGUAUAAAGAUGCACAGAAAUUUAAAUAAUAAAGUUACUUACUAUACACACAUACACAUUAAAUACAUAUAUAGUAGUGCUACGUAAUAAUGUAAGAAGAUAUCAGAAAAUAUGAGGUGUUUUGUCAAACUAAUAAAAUAAAUAU